CGGCAGUAGCUCUCCGACAGUCACGAGCACUUGCUCCCUCUCGGUCAGUCCGGUUUCCACCAUCUCGCUGUCUCUGUGUCGAUGUUUCGCAGGAACAACAGCUCCACGGGCGGCAAGAACGUCGGCGCGUCCUCGGGCGGUUCCGGCGGCUCGCGCGCCUUUGCCGAGCAGGUGGCGCGUCAGUAUGAAGUGCCGCGCGCCAUGACCAAGGAGCGCGUUAAGGAGCUGGCGGCCAUCGGUGAGCGCCGUGCUAACCAGCUUAUCCGCUGGAUAACGGACGACGACCAAGGCGUGGCUGGCUCUGUGGCAGCCAACGCUGUACUGCGCCAGCAGAAGGAGAACUUCACGGUCUAUGAGAUGCACGACACGCAGGACGACCUGCUGGUCAUGAAAGGCGUCGUCCGUCUGCAAAACACCACGUGCGACGAGGUGCUCGCUCUACUCUCAGGCCGAACCGCCACCGAGGUCGACGCAUUCCUACAGGACUUCCUAGGCGCGCAGUACGCAGCCGGACAGGCACUGCACUACACGGAGGUGAGCGCAGAUGCCGGGAACGCGCCCGAACCGGCGCCCGAGCCGAAUACGCCGGCUACGCCUCAGACCCCACGCGGGUCCAUGCCCACGUCAUCGUCACUCAUGGUACAAUGGCUUGCGCUGAACGACGUGCAUCCACAGGCCCCGCUGCGAGAGUUCUUCUUCAUGCGGUUUAACCAAACCUUUAGCAACGGCAACGGCGGCAACAACCCGCUCGGAGGCGGCGCGUCUUACGGCGUGUCGGUCAUGGAGUCGCUCGAGCUGCCCCGAUGCGGGCCCAUCUUCUCACAGACGCACAUGCAACGCCAGCCGCUGCACAAAUGUGGCUUUGUAGUGGAGGCGUCCGAAGACAAGAGCUCAGUCACCACGCGUGUGUCGUUCUUCAUCACGGCCCCGUACCGUGCGCCUUCGCUGGAACAGGACCGCGCGUGGCUGCUCCGUCUUGCCGGGUGCGUGCGUCUUGUGCCCAGUGCUAUCGUGAACCGCCGUAUCCGUCGCAACCAGCUCCGUGACCGUCGGAGCUGGCACUUUCGCGAUACGUGCUCCGUAUGCGGCGGCAACUUCUCUAUGUUCACGCGCCGUGCGCAUCACUGCCGUAUCUGCGGUGCUGCAGUGUGCUCCAAGUGCUCAGCUAUCCGCAAGGACAGCCAGCGCUCCAAGUUCUCAGGAAGUACGCGCGUGUGCAUGGCGUGCUUGAACGGCGACCAAAACGGAGCUCACGGAGCAUCCAGCACGUACGAUAGUCGCGGUGGAGUUACCAGGUCUAGCGCCAGUGAUGGAGCGACGUCGAGCCGUGGCAGCGACGGCGAGUGCUUCGGCAGUGCCGCUCACGUGACGCUGGAGGAAGCUCUAGCCGGCUUCACGAUCGAGCCGACGCUGGCGGCGAACCUGCCUCAAAGUCCGAGCAACACGUCCAGUAGCGGGAUCAGCCAAGGUGGAGAGGACGACGGCGACGUGUACGCCAACUCGCCGUUCGACUACGAACUAACGUUUACGAAGGGCAACCCAUGGCCCGAUGCCCCGUUGACCCCGACGGAGAAGGAGCGCGUUCAGAUCAUUCAGCGACUGAACCUAUCGCAGGAUUUCGCUAACACUGUCCUCCGCGAUCUGCUGGACUUGGCGCGUACGACCGUCAACUGUCCCGUGGCGGCUCUGUCUGUUGUGACCAAGUCGACGAGUUUGUUCGUGACCACGAUCGGUCUGGUGGGCGACCAGGUACCGCGUGAUAUCGGUGUGGAUGCCCAUGCUAUUAUGUCGCACGAGCCGCUGGUGGUGCUGGACUGCCGUAAGGAUAUCCGCUUUGCCAAGAACCCCGUCGCGCUGUCAAUGCACGUGCAGUUCUUCUUGGGUGUCCCGAUCUACAUGAAGGACUCGGGUGUGGUAGUGGGCGCGAUCUGUAUCGCCGACACAAAGGCUCGCAAGAAAGUCAAGGGCUCCGACCUGCGCGCGCUGCAACUCAUUGCUACGCGUAUUAUCGAGAAGAUGGAUGCGCACAAUAACGAGAUGACGGAGAAGAUCACGGAAGGUGUGCGGCUGUUGUAGGCUAGCUCUCCUUUACCCAAACGCUGUCUGAUGCACAUGCAUCGAUCUCGUUUACAUAGAACUCAGAAGUGCGGUUAAUAGUCCAUGUCUUGUUUCCAAAGCUUGCAUCACUC